AUUAAAAGAAGAAGGGAAGCAACCCCGGAAAAGGACUUGACACCUCAAGUCCUAAUGGAAGGGGAUUCCCCUUCUAAACACUAAAACCAUCCAGUCUCCCCUCCUCCCAUCCCAUCAAUCAUCACCACAUCUUCAAUAAAGAUGUCGGGACAGAAAGCUAUAAAUUUUCCCAUACAGAAGACACGGUCUUUAAGAGUCAAGUCUGAUGAGUCUGUCACUUCAGUGGCUCGCAGUGUUAGUCCUCAUGGUGGCAAAAGGAAAUCAGUAAACAAAGUAGCACAAUCACCUGACAAAACUAAUAUUCCAUCCAGACUUGAAGUUGCAUGUGGCAGCUAUCGAAGGUCUUCACGACAUUCAGAAAAACCAUCCAAACUCGUCGAAAUCCACGAAAAUCCAGAGAGAGCAUCGCAUAGGCGAAAUAUUUUCCAUAGCCCAGAGAAGACAUCCCAGAAGCCAAAAAUACUCGCAAAACAUAAUGAAGAAGAAGAAGAGGAGAGAGAGAAAGGUUCGUUGACACCAAGCAAACGAAAGUCAGGCAUAAUAUUACCAGAUUCUGAAAAUGAUUUGAGUCUUACCAAGAGACUGGUUGUCACCCUGCACCAGCUACCUCUGGAUAGUAUCCAUCUUACGCCAUCUAAAGUUUGUCGUAAACUGAUCUCAGAUAGUACAAGUGAGGAAAACACUUGUCCCUUGUCUCCUAAAAAGACUACACAAAGUUGUAAACCUUGAGGCCCAUUUCAGGAUGCCUCUCCAAGUAGGUCAUCCAGCACUGCAGAGCCUAAAUUAACAAGUGUCUGUACACCUCAAAAAUAUCCACUAUCAUCAUCUAGUAUAACCAAUACCUGUAAGUUGUCAGGAAGUGUGAACAGUACUGGUAAAUCUUCAGAAAGUGUGAAAGGUACUGGUAAAUCUUCAGAAAGUGUGAACAGUACUGGUAAAUCUUCAGAAAGUGUGAAAAGUACCUGUAAGUCUUCAGAAAGUGUGAACAGAGUGAUUUUUCAGAGCCCUAGAAAAUGUACAGUGAAGUGCCAUAAUUUGAACAGUCCAGUGAAAACACUCAAACGUCUUGAUGAAAACCGAUCCUUGAGAUCACCUAGGAAACACUUUGACGAUGACAGUGUAAGACGGUCACCACGCAAGUUCAACCAAGAAAAUGUCCUCAGCCCUCGUAGAAGCCCGAGAAAGCUGGCACAGUCUCCUUUCAAAGUCAACAGCCCGGCCUCGCUGGUGUCAAAACUUUCUCUUGAGAGUUCAGCCAAUGCCAGAACGGAUGUAGCUGUCAGACUUUUUAAACCUGACGUGACAGCUUACCUGGCAGUGCUUCAGUGUUUGAACACAGGCACUCGACCAGUACUGAUUGUCGAUAGAAGCCAAAACAAUGAAAUCGGAAUUUUCUUACACAAACCCAAAUUUCUAACACCAUACCUGGCCUCACCCUACGUCUCAGGUCCUCCAGGCACUGGCAAAACUGCUUCUUUAAAUUACAUUCUUGACAGCUUACAAGUUAACAAGAUAAGAAGAAUAUUUGUGAACUGCAUGACUGUGAAGACGUCAGGGGCCAUAUACAAAGCAAUAGUGUCCGGCCUCAAGCUGACAGUAUCUGGUACUGACAGAGAGAACCUGAGGACUGUUGAGAGAGCAUUAACAUCAUCCAAGAUCCCAGUAUUGAUUAUGCUUGAUGAAGUGGAUCAACUGGAUAGCAAGAAUCAGGAAGUGUUGUACACAAUAUUUGAGUGGCCAUCUCUAGCAGGCUCCACACUGGUGCUGGUGGGCAUUGCCAACUCUCUGGAUCUCACUGAUCGCAUCCUGCCUCGCCUCCAGGCACGACCUUCAUUCAAGCCCAAGCUGCUCCACUUUCCACCCUAUACUAGGGCUGAGAUCAUCAAAAUUAUUAAUCAACGUUUACAAGAGGCCGGAUUGGGAAACCUGCAAGUGAUUCGACCCAAUGCCAUCCAGUUUCUGGCUGGGAAAGUUGCAUCGGUGGCAGGAGACGUGAGGAAGGCCUUGGAUGUGUGCAGACGAGCUGUGGAACUCUGUGAGAUUCAGGCACGUAAACAAACGCUAUUGAAGCCUUCUAAUGGGAGUCCUCGCAAAUCUCCGCUCAAACGCCAGGAAAACACAGUACCAAAGGUAGUGGAAAUACCACAGGUGUUGUCUAUCUUCAAUGAGGUGUAUGGGUCGCGUGUGAUCACCGCAGUGACGGAGGCUCCUGAGAGCUUCCCUUUACAACAGAAGGUCAUAGUGUGUUGCCUUCUGCUUAUUAUCAAAUAUGGAAGGACCAAAGAUGUUACCCUUGGGAAGUUUCACGAGGUCUAUAUACGGGUUUGCAAGAAACGUCAAAUGCCGGGUAUGGAUCAGACGGAAUUCUUGUCAGUGUGUACGUUAUUGGAGUCGCGGGGUAUGGUGCAGGUCAAGCGUGCUAAAGAAUUGCGCAGUUCUAAGAUAAGCCUGAGAUUGAAUGCAGAGGAAGCGGAACAUGCUCUUGGUGACCGGACUCUCCUGGCCAGUGUGUUGGAAGACAAGCAGAGUUUAGGGAAACUGUGCAAAGCUUAGUCAUGUAGAAUAUAGGAAGGUUGACACCAACGUUAGUGUUGGAAUAUUUAUUUUAUGAAGUAAGGAUGUGGUGACUGCCACUUGGUAUUGCUCAGUGGUGACUGCUACUUGGUAUUGCUCAGUGGUGACUGCCACCUGGGGCUGCUCAGUGGUGACUGCCACCUGGUACUGCUUAGUGGUAGAGGAGACAAUUCACAACCGACCCACAAUUCAGAGAGGAAGCUGUGUAACGUUGUAGACCAUUCUGGACCUCGAUAAAGUCCUGGCUUAAUAGUGGUCCAGUAUAGAUGCAAUUGGAUUGUGAAUUUUUCCAGUACUAAUGGUAUUUUGAAUAGUCUCGUAAAAGAGGUUAGUCUCAGCACUCAAAUUCUCUGUAUCUCCCACUAAAGACUACUUUUCUUCAGCUUGAGUGGGAGACUACCCAGUGAUGGAGAAGCCAGUCAUAUUUUUUAUGACCUAAUGCUUAUUCUUUUUACUUUAUUAUGACACAUCUUUUAGAAGUACAAAAACAUUCUUGAGAAUUGGCAUUGAUAAGAGCACUGUAUGACCCAUGAGGGUUUGUGCUUUCUAUAUAAUAUUAAUGGUACUUAUAAUUGUAACCCAUUUGAUUCUUUUUUUUUUAAAUUGUUCACAUCACACGGACUUAAAAUAUUCCCACUUCCUCCAGCUACUGUCUUGCUGCAGUGUUUAAGACCAGGUAAAAGUGUUGGCACCACUAUACUCUGGUAAAUUCUCCUUUUUAGCCUCCCCUUUUACCUCGUAUAAUGGAACUAUGCAUACACUCUGCCAAACAUAUGGUACCUGUAUUUCUGUCAUUCACACAUUGAUCAAAUGUGUCAACCACAACCAAACAAUAUCCACAUCUGCUUUUAACAUCUUUUGUUUUAGUCCCACACAUUCCAGCUGCUGCUUUAACCCCCUUUCAUUUUACCCAUUGCUUCAUGCACUUUACCACAUCUGACUGUCUUACUCUAAGAUGUUAUUCCUCCUGCCCUAUGUCUGAAAUCAUUACCUCUCUUUCAUUAUCAUCAUUUAUCAGCCCCAUCUUUACAGCACUCCAUUUCUCUGUCUAAUAUCUCCCUUUUGUUUUUAACUUCCUAGUUCAUUUGUUUCCAAAUGUUCUCAGCUUACUAAUGUAUCUUCAGAACUGUUUUUUAUAAUCUGGAAAAUUUGCAGAUAGAUUCACUCUUUUUCUUACUGUCUCUUGCAUUCCUUCACCACUACUUUAACCCCCCCCCCCCUUUUUUUUUUAUCUUUUUUUUUAUACUCUAUAUCAUUUGUACAUUGUGAAGACAUCUGUAUCUAAUUCCACCAAUCAUUUCUCUUUACACUUAUUCAUCACCUCAGAACCACAAACCUCUGCUGUGCACUCUAGAACUGCAUUCUUAAAUAUACCCCAUAGCUUGUUCAGACCUCAGUGUUACUUAAUGCUCCUUAGACCACCUUUCUUCCAGUUGUUGCUUAUAUCAUCCUCCACCUUACUCUGCCUCCUUUUCAUUGUUUCGUUUAGUUUCACUUGUGUUGUAAGCACUGACAGAGGUGCCCCAUCUACCUCUUACUCUCACUGUUGGUACCACUAAAUAAUGAUCUGAUGCUCUGACAUUAUUAUUAUUAUUAUAAUCAAAAAGAAGCGCUAAGCCACAAGGGCUAUACAGCGCUGCUGCUCUGACAUUAAUUUCUAAAACAUGCACAUCUAGAUACCUACCCAUCAACUUUUUAUCUAGUAAACGGCAGUCGCUGCAAGUUUUAUCGUAUCUCACACUUAUCUGCCUUCUUUUUUUUUUUCCUUUAAAUAGUUUUACCCAUUAACAAACCUCUUUCUAUAUAAAAAGUCCCCAUUAUCAUGUACUCACAGCACUCUGAAUUUAUCUAAUACCAGAUGCCAUAUACAGCACACACUAACACUUCAUCAUUUAGGUCUAACAAAACAUUAUUCCUGUUGGUUCCAAAAAUAUCCACACAUUUGCUUCACAAACACAAUUUUUUUUUUUAUACUGGUGAUAAUUUUAUAUUGCAUGAGGUCAGUUUACACUUGGAUAUGUUUUUAAUAACUAUUUUUAAUGGUAUUUGCGUUGUAGAGACAACAUUGAAAAUAUUGCUGUUGCACUAGUCAUAUGUUUCUUAUAUUGUCUGACCGCUCACUGAUGUUGAUAGUAAUUUUAUGCAGAAAAAUUUCUUGAUUUUUUUUUAUUUUAUGAAUUUCCAAUGUAUUUUAUUAAUUGACAAUAAAAAUUUCUUUUAACUAUU